UGGGGUAUUCUUAUACUCAACGAGGAUGGAAAGUGAUGGAGUUGGAAUCACAAAAACAAUUUAUUUCGAGGGAUGUACGUUUUGAUGAAUCCCAAUUUCCUUUUAGUGCAAACUUGGCUUCUCUAUCUCAUGAUCCAGAUGAUAAUGUUCCUGUGCAUCCACCACGUAUUACGGAUUGUUGGGAUAUAUUAUCCCGGCCUAUUACUGUUCAUGAGUCCAAGGCUUUACGUAGUACGGAGCCCGAGCAGCUAGGCCCAUUUCGGCCCAUCCGGCCCACUUUAGCCAUUUGGGCCCACUCUGGCCCGUUUGGCCCAUUAGGGUGGAGAGCCCCUUCUCCCCUUCCCCUAUUUAUAGGAGGUUUUCCCUCCAUGUAAGGGGGUUCCUUCUUCCUUCUCCCUCUAGAAUAGCUCAAAUACUCCAUGAAUGGAGCUCAAAAUGUACUAUGUAAUGGUGAGGAGAGCCUAAUGAGAAUUGAGAGGGCUUGGACAUUAGCCUAAAAAGUCCCGUGGUUUUCUCCCUUUCGGGUUUCCACGUAAAAACUGAGUUGUUCAUACACAUUUAUACAUAUAUUUACUAUAUCGUGUUGGAUUAAACUCAACACUGGCGCCGUCUGUGGGAAUCAGUUCGAAAAGUUUAGCGUGUUCUUGAUUUUUCUACGAAAAAUCUGAGACGGGAGAACUGAUUUUCAACAAAAAAAAAAUUGAUACGAAAAAGCUACUGAUUUGAAGAAAAAGAAAGGAGGUUGGAAACGCCCAGAUCUGAAAAGAAUCGGAAGAAGCCACCAGAGCCUAACCAGCCCGGCGGCGACGCUGCACCGAGCCGGAGGUGGAGUACGAACUCCGGCCUGCCUCAAAUUUCAUCACCCUAGUUGCGGCUCUUUCAUCAGGCCAGAGCACCGGCGAGCGUCGUAGCAGUGGACUCAUCCACCUCGCCGGUUAGUAUGGCUUUUCUCUGCUUCCGUUGCAGCUCAACCUCGAGCCAGGGGUGUUUCCGCCAUUAAUGGCGGUUGGGAGCUUAGAAUAGUGUGUAUAUCGAAGUCCAGCUGAUUUUCCACCGGAGACAAGCUUUUCGGGCCGCCCUUGCUCCGCUGCAGCAGCCAUCUCCACCGUCGCUGAGCUGCACAUACUAACCGCUCUGGGUCGGUGAGCUUGUAAGCAGAUCCUUCAACAAUCUAUCCAAAAGAUACGGAGCACUACGUGCCAGUCAAAUACCUUGGUUCUCAUAAGGCCACGUUCGAAGGACGAAUGGUAGCAAACGAGUAAAGCUGGAGUACUUUUGACCAAAGUCAAAAGUUGGCAAGGCUGACUCCACAAAUCCUGAUGGCCGAAGCUCCCAUCUCCAAGAAGCUAAGUACCUAUAACUUCUAAAUUGGUACAUUAAUUAUUAAAUGUUUAAAAUGUUAGAAGCAUGGCUACUAUUAUUCUUUAUCACCAUUAUUUAUUAGGGAAUAAAAUCUCCCGAAAUUAAAUAAUGUCGAGCGAUGCUCUAGUGAUAAUUAAUUCCACCAUCAUUUUAAUUAAUGACUGGUUGUAUGUGCUGUCGGCCCGCUCCUGAUCGGCUUUAAUUAGCGAACGGAGUAUACUUGAAUGGCCUUUGAUAGGGAAGUAUCAUUGCUAUUGCCGGUUAUGUCACUAUUAUUUAUUAGGGAUAAAAUGUCCCGAAUUAAAUAAUGCUGAGCGAGGCUCAAGUGAUGGUUAGUUCAGCUAACAUUUUAUUAAGUAUUUGAUUUCUUGUGGGCCUGAUGGCCCACUCUCGAUCAGCUUGAUUAAGCGGUCUGAGCGUCUCCAAAAGGGCGACGCCCCGACGACGCAUUUUAAUUUGAGGGUUGCACGUUAGUCUGCACGGCACUACGUGCCCGAUCGACGAUCGUACCCCAGUAUCAUCUACGCCAUUAGGCGCGAAGUGACUAUUGCCAGACGCGGCCUGUGGGGCCCCGAGGGCACCAAAGCGCUCGGCCUCGUGUUUCCGAGGGCGGUGCGACCAACUUGGGUCUGAGUUUGAAAACUCACAGACCGAUGAAUAUCUCUAUGUGACGUUCGGCGGGCUGCUAAUUGGCCCCGCCGCGAGCUGCUACGUCCAUUAACCCCGCACGAUGAGCCGGGCCGAAGGUCACGAUAACCCAUAGGCCGGUAAUCGUGGAUAUUAGAAAGAAAGCCAUGCAGAUGAUUGCGUGUGUAUACAUAUUGUCGGGACGUGCGGCCCGUUACCAUGCUUAUUGCGCAGCUGAAGCCGCUCGACGCGCUCGAGUGAAAUGAUUAGAAGACGCUCGGCCCGAGUCUUGAAUACGUGCAGGGCCGGCUAAAGAGGAGAGCAUCACGGCUGAGGACCGUGAGACGAGCAUCUCCACCUAGGGGCUGAGGGCCUAGAGGAGACCACCACGGUUGAGAACCGUGGGACGAGCAUCUCCACCCCAGAGACCGAUGGCCUAGGAAGAACACCUAGAGGCCGAGGAUCUAGAGGCGAAUGCCAUGACAGAGAAUCGUGAGACGAUCAUCCAUCAUCCAGAGGCCGAGGGCCAAGAGGAAACCAUCACGGCUGAGAGCCGUGAUACGAGCAUCUCCACACCAGGAGCCGGUGGCCUAGAGGAGACCACUACGGCCGAGGGUCGGGGGACCAUCCUUACAUCACGACCGACCUCGCGGUACGGCGUAUUUAUCACCUGAAGACCGGUAUCAUCCCCGCGCUGCGCGGAUGAGAGCCGUUGCACGGAUACACUUGAUCGGCCUCUCAUUGCCGACAUCAUUAUACCACGACCGGCCUCUCGGCUCGGCGUGCCUAUCUUUUGAAGACCGGCCUCGUCCCCGCCCUCGCGGACGAGGACCGUUGCUUGAUUUGUGGGAUCGGCCUCUCAUUGCCGACACUGUCAUAUCACGUUCGGCCCCCCGGCCUGGCGUGAUUAUCAUCUUUGAAGACCGGCCUCGUCCCCGCCCUCGCGGACGAGGACCGUUGCUUGAUUUUCUCAGAUCGGCCGCUCAUUGCCGACACUGUCAUAUCAUGUUCGCCCCCCCGGCCUGGAGUGAUUAUCAUCUUUGAAGACCGGCCUCGUCCCCGCCACCCCGCGGACGAGGACCGUUGUUUGAUUCUUUUAGAUCGGCCGCUCAUUGCCGACACCAUUAUACCACGACCGGCCCCUCGGCUUGGCGUGCUUAUCUUUUGAAGACCGGCCUUGUCCCCGCCCCUCGCGGACGAGGACCAUUGCUUGAUUCUUUCAGGUCGGCCUCUGACUGCCGACACUAUCAUGUUAUGAUCGGCCUCUCGGCACGACAUAUUUAUCUUUUGAAGACCGGUUUCAUCCCCGCGCUGCGUGGAUGAGAGCCGUUGCUUGGAUAUAUCGGCCUGAUCGGACACUAUUUUCAUCUCCUUAUCAGGACCGACUGCUCAGCGACAUGAUGAUCAUUAUCGGCUCCCAACGCCGACCUUCUUGGGUUAGCGAUCGGGCUCACCCCUCCCUUCGGGAGGGUGACCAUCGCCUUCGCAUGACGACCAACAUUUCCAUCGCCUCGUCAUUCUGUUCAUUUUGAUAUCCCACCACCAUUAUGUGUGACAUCACGUGUGGUCAUUCUUAGAACCGACGAACGUAUUUUCCUCCCUCAAAAAAAAAAAAGAGAGAGAGAGAGAGAGAGAGAGAGAGAGAGAGAGAGAGAGAGAGAGAGAGAGAGAGAGAGAGAGAGAGAGAUAAAAAAGAUGGGGAGAAGGGGAGAGAGAAGCUCCUAUGAGAGAGGGAGUCUUGACGAGGUAUGCCUGAUCUUCCUUCGCCGCGUAUGACGAACGUCUCCCGACGCGGAGGUUAGUAGGAUCGUGGGGGAGGUUAGACGUACCAAAGGGAACCUCGGCAGGAUAAACCAGUUCCUCCCAUUUCCCGUGGGUCGAUGAACACCUUCUGCCAAAGCAGAAGGCUAGUAGGGCCACGAGCAUGGGACGACGAAGCAGGGAAUCCCGACGUGGAUAAACCAGUGACCUCCUUGCGAUCGUUGGAUGACCGAACGUCUUCUUCGAAGUAAGAAGAUUAGUAGGACCACAACAGGGACGAACGAAGAAUAGGGAAUCCCGACGUGGAUAAACCUGUUCCUCCUUGCGAUCGUUGGAUGACCAAACGUCUUCUUCGAAGUAAGAAGAUUAGUAGGACCACGACAGGGACGAACGAAGACUAGGGAAUCCCGACGUGGAUAAACCUGUUCCUUCUCAUAGUUGGGAUGACGAACGUCUCCUGCGAAACCAGGAGACCAGUACUCACGAGACUUGGGAAGAACGAAGAACCAGUUCUUUACCGGAGUCUGUUGCGUACCGAGUGUACACUGCUUAGCGGUCCGUACAUAGGACCACGGAUACGGUAGACGAACGAAGACCAGCUCCAUGGAUCAGACACGAUGGACCAGCUCUUUACCGGAGUCUGUGCGUGCCGAGUGUACACUGCUUAGCGGUCCGUACAUAGGACCACGGAUACGGUAGACGAACGAAGACCAGCUUCAUGGAUCAGACACGAUGGACCAGUUCUUUACCGGAGUCUGUGCGUGCCGAGUGUACACUGCUUAGCGGUCCGUACAUAGGACCACGGAUACGGUAGACGAACGAAGACCAGCUCCAUGGAUCAGACACGAUGGACCAGCUCUUUACCGGAGUCUGUGCGUGCCGAGUGUACACUGCUUAGCGGUCCGUACAUAGGACCACGGAUACGGUAGACGAACGAAGACCAGCUUCAUGGAUCAGACACGAUGGACCAGUUCUUUACCGGAGUCUGUGCGUGCCGAGUGUACACUGCUUAGCGGUCCGUACAUAGGACCACGGAUACGGUAGACGAACGAAGACCAGCUCCAUGGAUCAGACACGAUGGACCAGCUCUUUACCGGAGUCUGUGCGUGCCGAGUGUACACUGCUUAGCGGUCCGUACAUAGGACCACGGAUACGGUAGACGAACGAAGACUAGCUCCUCAGGUCAGAUAGGAGGGACAUCACCCAGAUUUAUUUCAGGCUCACCAUUCCUUCCCGGAUGGAGUCCUGGCAGACGAUCGGCUUCUCACAGCCAAUCAGGAGAGAGACUUGACACAUCACCAGCACGGCCGAGGGCCGUGAGACGAUUAUCACUCACCGACAGGCCGAGGGCCAUGAGAUGAUCAUCACCAUUUUUAUGCAGCACGAUCGGCCUCUCAGCGCCAUCGUGUCUCUUUCACGUUCGGAUCGCGCAUUCCCUCCAGGAUGGCGACGACCGUCUUAUGCAGUACGAUCGGCCCCUCAGCGCCAUCGUACCCAGCUCACGUUCGGCUCGUCCAUCCCUUCCAGGGUGGCGACGAAUGUCUUAUGCAUCACGACCGGCCCCUCAGCGCCAUCGUGUCCUGAUUCACGGUUCGGAUCGCCCAUUCCCUCCAGGAUGGCGACGACCGUCUUAUGCAGUACGAUCGGCCCCUCAGCGCCAUCGUACCCAGUUCACGGUUCAGAUCGCCCAUUCCCUCUAGGAUGGCGACGACCGUCUUAUGCAGUACGAUCGGCCUCUCAGCGCCAUCGUACCCGGCUCACGUUCAGCUCGUCCAUCCCUUCCAGGGUGGCGACGAACGUCUUGUGCAUCACGAUCGGCCCCUCAGCGCCAUCGUGUCCAGUUCACGGUUCGGUGCGCCCAUUCCCUCCAGGAUGGCGACGACCGUCUUAUGCAGUAUGAUCGGCCCCCCCAGCGCCAUCAUACCCAUCUCGCGUUCAGCUCGUCCAUCCCUUCCAGGGUGGCGACGAACGUCUUGUGCAUCACGAUCGGCCCCUCAGCGCCAUCGUGUCCAGUUCAUGGUUCGGUGCGCCCAUUCCCUCCAGGAUGGCGACGACCGUCUUAUGCAGUAUGAUCGGCCCCCCAGCGCCAUCAUACCCAUCUCGCGUUCAGCUCGUCCAUCCCUUCCAGGGUGGCGACGAACGUCUUGUGCAUCACGAUCGGCCCCUCAGCGCCAUCGUGUCCAGUUCACGGUUCGGUGCGCCCAUUCCCUCCAGGAUGGCGACGACCGUCUUAUGCAGUAUGAUCGGCCCCCCCAGCGCCAUCAUACCCAUCUCGCGUUCAGCUCGUCCAUCCCUUCCAGGGUGGCUACGAACGUCUUGUGCAUCACGAUCGGCCCCUCAGCGCCAUCGUGUCCUGAUUCACGGUUCGGUGCGCACAUUCCCUCCAGGAUGGCGACGACCGUCUUAUGCAGUAUGAUCGGCCCCUCAGCGCCAUCAUACCCAUCUCGCGUUCAGCUCGUCAAUCCCUUUCAGGGUGGCGACGAACGUCUUGUGCAUCACGAUCGGCCCCUAAGCGCCAUCGUGUCCUGAUUCACGGUUCGGAUCGCCCAUUCCCUCCAGGAUGGCGACGACCGUCUUAUGCAGUACGAUCGGCCCCUCAGCGCCAUCGUACCCAGCUCACGUUCAGCUCGUCCAUCCCCCCAGGGUGGCGACGACCGUCUUAUGCAGUACGAUCGGCCCCUCAGCGCCAUCGUACCCAGCUCACGUUCAGCUCGUCCAUCCCCCCAGGGUGGCGACGAACGUCUUAUGCACCACGAUCGGCCCCUCAGCGCCAUCGUGUCCAGAUUCACGGUUCGGCUCGCACAUUCCCUCCAGGAUGGCGACGACCGUCUUAUGCAGUACGAUCGGCCCCUCAGCGCCAUCGUACCCAGUUCACGUUCAGCUCGUCCAUUCCCUCCAGGAUGGCGACGAACGUCUUAUGCACCACGAUCGGCCCCUCAGCGCCAUCGUGUCUCUUUCACGUUCGGAUCGCGCAUCUCUUCCAGGAUGGCGACGAACGUCUUAUGCAGUGCGAUCGGCCCCUCAGCGCCAUCGUACCUGGCUUCACGGUUCGGCUUGCGCAUUCCCUCCAGGAUGGCGACGACCAUCUUAUGCAGCACGAUCGGCCUCUCAGCGCCAUCGUGUCUCUUUCACGUUCGGAUCGCGCAUCUCUUCCAGGAUGGCGACGAACGUCUUAUGCAGUGCGAUCGGCCCCUCAGCGCCAUCGUACCUGGCUUCACGGUUCGGCUUGCGCAUUCCCUCCAGGAUGGCGACGACCGUCUUAUGCAGCACGAUCGGCCUCUCAGCGCCAUCGUGUCUCUUUCACGUUCGGAUCGCGCAUCUCUUCCAGGAUGGCGACGAACGUCUUAUGCAGUGCGAUCGGCCCCUCAGCGCCAUCGUACCUGGCUUCACGGUUCGGCUCGCACAUUCCCUUCAGGAUGGCGACGACCGUCUUAUGCAGCACGAUCGGUCCCUCAGCGCCAUCGUGUCUCUUUCACGUUCGGAUCACGUAUCCCCUCCAGGAUGGCGACGAACGUCUCAUAUGCAGCACGAUCAGCGCCCCAGCGCCAUCGUGUCUGGCUCGUGUUCGGCUCGCCCAUCCCUUCCAGGAUGGCGACGAACAUCUCUUAUACAACUCGAUUGGCCCCUCGGCGGCAUCAUGUCUAGUUCACCUCCGGCUCCGCCCAUGCCAUCUCGGAUGGGGGACCCGUCGUAUGCAGCAUGAUUGGCCCCUCGGCGGCAUCAUGUCUAGUCCACCUUCGGCUCCGCCCAUGCCAUCUCGGAUGGGGGACCCGUCUUAUGCAGCACGUCUGCUUCUCGGCGCUGACAUGCCCGGGUUAUCGAUGAGAGCUACUGCUUCUAUCACAUCUUGCAUUCCCUCUCUCAUACAUUACAUACACACAUUACAUGCAUACAUACAUUCAUGCAUCAUACCUCAUACAUUCAUACAUACACACGUGCAUCAUGUUUUGAUAGUACCGCGACGUCGGGUUAUAGAUGAUGGACCUCUAAGCUUCUCCGAUUGGAAAGCUCGAGUCAGAGUCCUUUACUCCCGCCUGAUGCAUUCAGGGGGAGUGUGCCCGUGGAGGAACACCCUUCGCCCGACCCUGUCGGGAAGGGGGGUGCCUCACUGGUAGAUUACGUUCAGGAGUGCAGACACUCACUCAUAUAUGAUGGUUAUGUGAAGACACAGUUUCCAGCAAGACAGAGGAAGAGCGCAGGCAGAGUAUAUUUUCUCGAGCAGAUUCGCGAGCUCACUACUCAAGAAACUGGGGGACUUGUGUUGGGAUAUAUUAUCCCGGCCUAUUACUGUUCAUGAGUCCAAGGCUUUACGUAGUACGGAGCCCGAGCAGCUAGGCCCAUUUCGGCCCAUCCGGCCCACUUUAGCCAUUUGGGCCCACUCUGGCCCGUUUGGCCCAUUAGGGUGGAGAGCCCCUUCUCCCCUUCCCCUAUUUAUAGGAGGUUUUCCCUCCAUGUAAGGGGGUUCCUUCUUCCUUCUCCCUCUAGAAUAACUCAAAUACUCCAUGAAUGGAGCUCAAAAUGUACUAUGUAAUGGUGAGGAGAGCCUAAUGAGAAUUGAGAGGGCUUGGACAUUAGCCUAAAAAGUCCCGUGGUUUUCUCCCUUUCGGGUUUCCACGUAAAAACUGAGUUGUUCAUACACAUUUAUACAUAUAUUUACUAUAUCGUGUUGGAUUAAACUCAACACGGAUGAUAAGUUAUCAGUAGUUGAAUCUUUAUAUCCAAGUGCGCCACAUCAUCUUCCACUAAGCACUACGCAUGCAACUCCCACAGGCAUGCAGGCUCCUUUUCACACGUCAGAGGGAGUAAUUGAUCCCAUGGAAUAUGCUGGAGAGACAUCUCAUGUGGAGCCAAAUGACAUGCAUACGUCCAACAUGGACAUGCAAUCUACUUCGGAGGCCAGUGUACCACUGGGACGUGGCUUGAGACGAAAAAUUCCCUCAGUGCGUCUACAGGACUAUGUGCAGACCCAUGCCGCGACUACGGACCCCCAUGACCAUCCCAUCCAGUCUGCGUCUUCAGGUACUCUGUAUCCCUUGACUUGUUAUAUAAAUUAUGAUGCUUACUCCGUACGCCAUCAAGCAUUUCUUGCAGCUAUUUCUCAUGAGAAGGAACCUGUUUCUUAUAACGAGGCUGUCCGAGAUCCACGAUGGAGGGAGUCCAUGCGUCGUGAGAUUGAUGCUUUGGAAGCUACUGGAACGUGGACCAUGGUGCCAAUGCCUGCACACAAGAAACCUAUUCACUGUAAAUGGGUAUACAAAAUCAAAUAUAAUAGUAAUGGUACUAUUGAACGGUUUAAAGCCCGGCUUGUGGUGUGUGGUAAUAGGCAGGUUGAGGGCAUUGACUAUUGAUAGAGUAUAUAGACUCGGACCCCCGGGCCUCACGACUGUUGGGCCCGGACAGCGGCCCACAUACGCUCAGUAGAUAGCAUUUAUCUCAUUGUACACUCUAUUUUAUUCAUGUAUAUCCAUUAGAAUAGAUUAGAUACCAUUUAUUAGCCAUUUAUUGGCCUUUUAUUGUAACUGGGCCAGCCAGGCCCAAGCCUGGAAGCCCAGCCCUCUUUUCUUUUAUAAAUACUCCCUAUGGGAGCCAUGUAAGGGAUGGUUGAAUGGUUGAUUGGAUUUAUACAUAUCACUUUAUCUCUCUAGUUCUCCCUUCUCUCUAGAAUUAAUAAUCUAUCAUUUGGUGCUUUCAUUGAGAGCUAGAAUAUAUCAAGUGAGAUCCUCCCCGCCAAAUAUCACAACACGUAAACUAUGCAUGUGGUAUCACUUCGGCCCUAGUAGAGGCAAUAUGAACUCCUCGGCCAAAAGUGAAUCACUCCUCCCAUCUGCCAAACAAAAGGAAAAGCCAGCAAGUUUGUGGGACCCUAAGCCCAUGACCCUCAUUAAAAUUCACGAUUAACCAAAGGGGUACUCUUCGGCUAUGUCACCUCUUCUUGCACGUGGUGUACGCUCCUCGGCUCAAGGGAAGAACUCCCAAAUAGCACGUCGGCCAAGAACAACUAAAACAAGAGGAAAAGCCAAACAAAGAGAUGGUGGGACCUCCGGCAAACUGCACCGGCCCCAUCAACACUACGGCCGUGACACAUCGGCCAAACAACGACGAAGACACCCCACCGGUCGGCAACGGCACCGGUCAGCAACUGCAUUAGCCAUCAAACACCGUCGGCUUGCAGCGCAUCAGCCACACAUAACGGCCAAGCAAAGCUUCGCUAUAUUCUGUCAGCCAAGAAAGGGUCACCUCGUCCGAGAGAUCACCUUCGGCCACAAAACCUCGUUGGCUUGCUCGCAUCGGCCUCACAUCGGCCGGCACACCACACCGGCCAAAAAGAAGGACGCCGCAUCGGCCGGCACCCCAUCUGCUGGCAACGUCGUCAACCUGCUUACCUGCUUACCAGAGAGCUGCGCUUCCUCCCCCAGCGCGCAUCAGCCGGCUCCACCUCGGCCGGACCGCACCGUCCAAAACAGGAUUACCUCGUCAAGCAACCGCAUCGGCCAUAGUGCACCACUGACUGGGACACCAUCAGCCUGCACGCAUUGGCCAGCGGCCCAGGGCACAUCGGCACACCGCACCUGCUAAAAAGGGGCACCGCAUCGUCUGGCUUGGCAUCGACCGGCACCGCAUCGUCCGGUACCACAUCGCCGGCUCCGCAUCGUCCGGUACCACAUCGCCGGUACCGCAUCGGCCACAACAGAGCCACCCCGUCAAGCGACCGCAUCGUCCAGACUGAACCGCAUCGGCCAAAACAGGGCUACCUCACCUGGCGACCCGCAUCGGCCAGUCUACUCCUCGGCCAGUGCAGCAUUUCUUGCCGUCCCUUGGUCAACAGAUCGCACGGGGUAAAACUCGAAGGAAAACAGGGCCACCUCAGCCAAACACCACCUUCGUCCGGCAUGGGGAUUGGGACCACCUCGGCCUUGCAUGGCAUCAACCGGCAUCCCCCUCGACGUCCACCUUCGUCCCUGUAUUCCUUCGGCACCAAAUUGAGGGAACCGCGGUCAGUAAAAGCCUCUCGGCUAGGUGACGGGAGAAUGACAGCAGGAUCGGCAGACUUCUCCCUUGCUCCGACCCUUAGAACCGACUUUUCCCCUGCAUUCCUGCGGAUGAAAUUGACAGGCGGACAGGGUCUGAGGCCUACUAUAACCUCAAAUGAAGUGAUGGGCUGAUGAAAUGUGGCCCGACUAUUAAGCUCCAAGGAUUCGGAGUUUGCCCAAUCUUAUAUUUCCCUGCUUGAAUUCUAAGCAGGGCAGGCUUCGGCCCAAAUACAAGUAAGUCACAAACUUUUCCUCCUAUUUUAUGCAUUAAAUAUGGAGCAAAAUAGUUUUGCCACUAUUCAAAAGAAAAUAUAGUUUUACUACUAUUCCGAAAAAUAGUUUUACUACUAUUCCAAAGAGAAAAAGAAAAAUAUAGUUUUACUACUAAUAAAAAAGGAAAACAAUAAUAAUAAUUGCUACUAUUAUUAUUAUCUUCACCACCAUUGCUAGUGGAUUGAAAUCCCCAAUUGGUGUGGGUCAAAGCCUUAACCUUCCGAACAUCUUUAUUUGAUGAUUCGGAUCAUAUUUGGGUCCAUUGACCUACCAUGGUCAUCUUUAUUUGAUGACCCGGGCAUCUAGAAUGAGAGCCAUCAACGGCCGCACACGACAUUAUGCCUAGAAGCGGUACACCUCAUUCCCCUACACGCUAAUUGCGUCAUCCAAAAGCCGUUGCAAUAAACAACGCACCUAAAGCCGUCGCAAUAAACGACGCACCCAAAGCCGUUGCAAUAAACAACGCACCUAAAGCCGUCGCAAUAAACGACGCACCCAAAGCCGUUGCAAUAAACAACGCACUCAAAGCCGUUGCAAUAAACAACGCACCUAAAGCCGUCGCAAUAAACGACGCACCCAAAGUCGUUGCAAUACACAACGCACCUAAGGCCGUUGCGAUCCACAACGCGCCUACAAAGCCGUUGCAAUAAACAACGCACCUAAAUAUCGUAUCGGCACAAGCGGUGAAACACCCAAAUCGGCCGGCGAUAUGCAGGACGAAGGACCUGUGUGCAUGGUCCAACGUCUUCAAACGGAGAAGCAUACCGCGUCGUCCGCGCGGAAACCGCAGGACGACAGGCCUGAAUUAAGGCUGGGGUUACAAAAACUCCACCCGUCAGUAAAAUUUCGCUCAGGACCACAAAGGGCGGCCGUCAAAGGACGAUGCCUAGUCCGGUCCCUCGUCGCCGAUAGACGUGGAAAGGCAAAAAAGGAUGCCACUGACACACCAAGACGAGGGCGUAUUUACUCCCUCGCACUAACACACGCGAAAAGCGUAGCGGACAAAAUACCGCACAUGGACGAAGGGACAGUAACCCUUCGGCCAUCCAAAAAAAAAAAAACAAAAAAAAAAAAGGGAAGCCGACGGACCGCGCACUUGCCGGCCUCGAGCAAUAAAAAUAAAUAAAUUCCCCAAACUUAUUAUUCAUCUCAAGACCGGCUCCCAAUGCCGAAGCUCUUGCUCCAUCAUCUCAUGAACGGCCUCCCCAACGCCGUCAUACUUUUAUAUGACGAUCGGAUUCAUCAUCGCCUCGUCAUCAUUAUCCGGAUCGGCUCAUCAUCAUCGCCAUCCGCACAUCACGACCGGCCUCCCAGCCUUGGCGUGAUUAUUUCUCCUCAAGACCGGCUUCUCAUUGCCAAGUGUCUUGAGUUGGCAAUCGGGCUCGCCGUCCCUUCCUGGAUGGUGACCGUUGCCUCUACAUGACGAUCGGCUUCAUCAUCGCCUCGUCAUCAUUAUCCGGAUCGGCUCAUCAUCAUCGCCAUCCGCACAUCACGACCGGCCUCCCAGCCUUGGCGUGAUUAUUUCUCCUCAAGACCGGCUUCUCAUUGCCAAGUGUCUUGAGUUGGCAAUCGGGCUCGCCGUCCCUUCCUGGAUGGUGACCGUUGCCUCUAUAUGACGAUCGGCUUCAUCAUCGCCUCGUCAUCAUUAUCCGGAUCGGCUCCUCAUCGCCAUCCGCACAUCACGACCGGCCUCCCAGCCUUGGCGUGAUUAUUUCUCCUCAAGACCGGCUUCUCAUUGCCAAGUGUCUUGAGUUGGCAAUCGGGCUCGCCGUCCCUUCCUGGAUGGUGACCGUUGCCUCUAUAUGACGAUCGGCUUCAUCAUCGCCUCGUCGUCAUUAUCCGGAUCGACUCCUCAUCGCCAUCCGUUCUUCACGAUCGGCCCCUCGGCCACGACGUGAUGCUUUAUCUCAAGACCGGCCUCCUUAGCGCCAAGUGUCUUGAGCUAGCGACCGGGCUCGCCAUUCCCCUCCUGGAUGGCGACCGUCGCUUCCAUAUGACGAUCGGCUCAUCAUCGCCUCAUCAUCAUUAUUCGGAUCGGCUCAUCAUCAUCGCCAUCCGCACAUCACGACCGGCCUCCCAGCCUUGGCGUGAUUAUUUCUUCUCAGAGACCGGCUUCUCAUCGCCAAGUGUCCUGAGCUAGCGACAGGGCUCAUCAUCCCUUCCUGGAUGGUGACCGUCGCCUUUAUAUGACGAUCGACUCAUCUCCGCCUCGUCAUCAUUAUUCGGAUUGGCUCAUCAUCAUCGCCAUCCGCACAUCACGGUCGGCCCCCCCGGCCUCGACGUGAUGAUUUAGCUCAAGACCGGCUCCCUCAGCACCAAGUGUCUUGAGCUAGCGACCGGGCUUGCUGUUCCCUUCCGGGAUAGCAACCGUCGCCUUUAUAUGACGAUCGGCCUUCACAUCGCCUCGUCAUCAUAUGUUGGACCGGCUCAUUAUCGCCGUCGUCCUUACAUCGCGUCCGGCCUCUCGGCUAAGGCGUGAUACCUUAUCUCAAGACCGGUCUUAGUCAUCCCUUCCCGGAUGGCGACCGUUGCUUGGAUCUUCGGAUCGGCUCAUCAUCAUCGCCAUCCGCACAUCACGAUCGGCCCCCCGGCCUCGACGUGAUGAUCUCGCUCAAGACCGGCUCCCUUAGUGCCAAGUGUCUUGAGCUAGCGACUGGGCUUGCUAUUCCCUUCCGGGAUAGCAACCGUCGCCUCUACAUGAUGAUCGGCUCAUCUCCGCCUCGUCAUCAUCAUUAUUCGGAUCGGCUCAUCAUCAUCGCCAUCCGCACAUCACGACCGGCCUCCCAGCCUUGUUGUGAUUAUUCCUUCUCAAGACCGGCUUCUCAUCGCCAAGUGUCUUGAGUUGGCAAUCGGGCUCGCCGUCCCUUCCUGGAUGGUGACCGUGGCCUCUACAUGACGAUCGGCCUUAUCAUUACCUCUUCAUCAUAUCUUGGACAUGCUCCUCAGCAUCUUCGUCCUCACAUCACGAUCGGGCCCUUCGGCCACGACGUAAUGCUUUAUCUCAAGACCGGCUCCCUCAGCGCCGAGUGUCUUGAUCUAGCGAUUGGGCUUGCUAUUCCCUUCCGGGAUAGCAACCGUCGCCUCUACAUGGAGAUUGGCCUAUCAUUGCCUCGUCAUCAUACAUUGGACCGGCUUAUCAUAGUCGUCAUCCUCGCAUCGCGGCCGGCCUCUCGGCCAAGGCGCGGUACCUUAUAUCAAGACUGGUCUUAGCCAUUCCUUUACUGGGUGGCGACCAUUGCAUGGAUUUUGGGGUCGGCCCCUCAGUGCCGAUACCCUCACAUCAUGGCAGGCCCUCGGCCUCGACGUGAUCAUAUUCCCCAAGACCGGUCUCAGUCAUUCCUUCAUCGGAUAGUGACCGUUGCUUGGACGUUUGGCUCAGCCUCAUAGUGUUGAUGACCUCGCAUCACGAUCGGCCCCCUGGCCUCGACGUGAUGCCCUAUCUCAACACCGGCUUCAUCAGCGCCAAGUGUGUUGAGCUAGCGAUCGGGCUCCCCAUCCCUUCCUGGAUGGCGACCGUCGCCUCUACAUGACGACCGGCUCAUCUCUGCCUCGUCAUCAUUAUUCGGAUCGGCUACCCAUUAUCGCCAUCCUUAUAUCACGACCGCCGCCCCGGCCUCGGCGUGAUGAUCUAUCUCAACACCGGCUUCAUCAGCGCCGAGUGUGUUGAGCUAACGAUCAGGCUCGCCAUCCCUUCCUGGAUGGUGACUAUCGCCCCUACACGGCGACCGGCUUAUCAUCGCCUCGUCAUUGUUAUUUUGGAUCGGCUCCUUAUCACGGCCGUCCUCACAUCACGAUCGGCCCCUAGGCCACGAUGUGAUGUCCUAUCUCCGAGACCGGCCUCUCAUUGCCGAAUGUCUUGGGUUAGCGAUCGGGCUCGCCAUCCCCUCCUGGAUUGCGACCGUCGCCUAUAUAUGAUGAUCGGCUCAGCAUUGCCUCGUCAUCGUAUCAUCAGACAGGCGUCCCACGCCCCGUCCUCAUGUUCAGACAGGCGUCCAAUGCCUCGUCCUCAUAUUCAGACAGGCGUCCAACGCCUCGUCCUCAUAUUCAGACAAGCGUCCAACGCCUCGUCCGCAUAUAUCCAGACAGGCGUCCAACGCCUCGUCCUCAUGUUCGGAUCUAGCAAACAUCUUGCGGUCUCCGGCUCAGAGACUAAAGGAUCUCAGAUCUCAUCUAUAGGCCCCUCGGCCACAUCUUGCUCUAGCAUCUUUAUUUGAUGACGAAGGGCUCUCAUACAGGCCCAUCGGCCAUAUAUCUUGCUCCGUCAUCUUUAUUUGAUAACGAGAAGCUCAUCUAUAGGCCCCUCGGCCAUAUACCGCUCUGCCAUCUUUAUUUGAUGACGAAGAGCUCAUCUACAGGCCCAUCGGCCAUAUACCGCUCUGUCAUCUUUAUUUGAUGACGAAGAGCUCAUCUACAGGCCCAUUCGGCCAUAUAUUAUUCUGUCAUCUUUAUUUGAUGACGAAGAGCUCAUCUACAGGCCCAUCGGCGAUAUAUUAUUCUGUCAUCUUUGUUUGAUGACGAAGAGCUCAUCUACAGGCCCAUCGGCCACAUAUCGUUCUAUCAUCUUUAUUUGAUGACGAGGAACUCAUCUAUAGGCCUCUGAGCCAUCUCGCCCCGUCGUCUUUAUUUGACGACGUGGAGCUCUUAUGCAGGCCCCUCGGCCAUACAUCGCCCCGUCAUCUUUAUUUGACGAUGUGGAGCUCUUAUCCAGGCCCCUCGGCCACACAUCGCCCCUUCGUCUUUAUUUGACGACGUGGAGCUCUCAUAUAUGCCUCUCGGCCACUACUCCCAGUCAUCUUUAUUUGAUGACGUGGAGCUCACAUCGGCCCAUCGGCCUCAUAUUCUGGUCAUCUUUAUUUGAUGAACCAGACAUCAUAUUAUGGACGGUCGCUCGACCCAUCCCUUAGUCAUCUUUAUUUGAUGACUAGGACUACUGAUCAUGACGAGCUACCCACAUCUAUGGAUCGGCCUCUGCCAUCCCCUCGGAAGACGGACACCGCUGCAGCUCCACCUCUAGGCCGAAGGGCUCGCACCUUUUAUUUCGUUCUGGGGGCAUCCGAUGUACUCUUUUUCCCUCAUUAGGAUUUUUUCCCACAGGGUUUUUCCUAAUGAGGUUUUUAACGAGGCAUCUCCCCAUUGUGGAUCAAAAGGUGUCAACCCUCGGCCCCCUGUUGCAGACAUCAUCAGACAUGCACUACUCUACUCCUCUUCACCUCGUUACACUCGCCUCAAGGAGUGGGGGACUGGGAGAGCGGGGGACUUAGCGCCUUCGCUACCAAAGAAGCAGAAAUUCAAAAUUUUUGCAAGGAUUGCCACACGCACCGACGACAUCAUCAUAUCACAUACAUAUUCAGCUGCCACAUCGGCCAACACAUAUACAUAGCUCCCCGACCUCAAGACCGGUGGUGAUGAGGCCUUCGGCUGAGGAUUCUCCCACAGGGUUGCCUCGGCCAGGGCUCGCCAAUGGGAACGGAUCAUCGGAUUGGGAAUUUGGGCGAGGCGCUUCGGCGACGACAGCGGUUUACUCACCAGACGAUGACAGAUCAGCACACAGUUCUACUCUCUUUCGCCUCGAGUACUCUCGACUCAGAGAGUGGGGGACUCCUGAUAGAGUAUAUAGACUCGGACCCCCGGGCCUCACGACUGUUGGGCCCGGACAGCGGCCCACAUACGCUCAGUAGAUAGCAUUUAUCUCAUUGUACACUCUAUUUUAUUCAUGUAUAUCCAUUAGAAUAGAUUAGAUACCAUUUAUUAGCCAUUUAUUGGCCUUUUAUUGUAACUGGGCCAGCCAGGCCCAAGCCUGGAAGCCCAGCCCUCUUUUCUUUUAUAAAUACUCCCUAUGGGAGCCAUGUAAGGGAUGGUUGAAUGGUUGAUUGGAUUUAUACAUAUCACUUUAUCUC